UUUCAAUGAGGUUUCCCGAUUUUGUCAGUGGACGGGAAGUGAAUAGUCUCGCCCCAUUUGAUGGGGAUUGAUGAGGUCCCAGCAGUCAUUUUCUUGUCGAAAUAAUACAUAAACGCAUACACAUAAAAUAUGGCUUUCCGUGAGGCCUGUAUCUGAUAUAAAAUGACUCAAAAAUUCUUUUGGGUGUAUUUUUACCAACUUUUUAAAAAUAGGGAAUGGGUGGGGAACUAUCAAACACACGUUCGCAUUCUUUGUCAGAAUACGGCCAACGUCAUCACGUUUGACGUGAAUCGCGGGCUCACCGUUUCUCCAAAUUCACCCACCACAGCAAGACAAGUUACCCGCUGGAUAAUUUGUUUAAGAAAAGAACGUUCAUAAAAUCUGUCGUCACCGGAUAGCCUUCAACGUAUUUGCUACAUGUAACAACUCGUCGAGACAUUUAGUGCUUGCAAUGAGUUGCAAACUGAGUGGUCUGUUCAACAUUGGCGACGACUUUGACGACGAGGACUUGCUGGCGACAAACUGGGCUGUCAGACCACCAACCACUGUGCCUUCCCAACCCGUAGCUGUCGCUUGUGUGGCCUCCAAUAAAGAUUCCAGUACCAACCUCCUCCAUAGAUCAGCUUUCCUGCGUCCCACCUGGACCUCUAAAACAGUUGCUCCAACUUUACAGAAGCUUUCCUCUGGCACUCGGGCUUGCCCUCUUCUGCCAGAAUUUCCUGAGCCCCAGCCGAGGCCCUCCACCCCUUUGCCACCGUGUCUGCCCCCUGCCAUCCAUGAUGUCACCAGAGAUUCCGGCACCAAUCUCUUCCGGCCAAAUGGGGAGUCGUCACGUCUUGCCUUUAAUAAGGUUAACAAGGCUGCUUUCCAUAACCUUAUCUCCGGUGCUCAUUCCCUGAGGCCUGAUCCGACCCCGCCUCUGGACCUCCCUGAGCCCCAUGUGGGGGCACAGGAUAGGCUUGCCGUCGGUGUGCCAUUCCACUUUCUGGACCAGGAAACGGUUGCUCCGACUUUGCGGAAGCUUUCCUCCGGCGCUCAAGCUUGUUCCCUUCCGUCCAGCGAGUGGGACUUGGACAGAGGCAACAGGCAGCAGAGUUCCAUCCCUACCACUGUUGUGGCAUUACGCCCGCUGGGUGCCACCCCUGCGGCCCCUAGAGGCUCCCUCACUAGCCUCUUCCAGCCGAGUGGAGAGCGAUUAGCUCACUCCAUUCCGCCUCCCACGGGUGAUGUCACUGAACCGCACUUUGGGACCCUGCAGAGGCCCACCACCAAUGCCACCACCCAGGAUGACUUUGACGAUUGGGACUUGGACCUUGCAGACUUGGAGGAGUGUGAACGUUUAGCGGGAGCCUCUGUACCGGCCAAAACGCUGUGCCACCCCACAGCUGGAGGAAGCCUAAGAGUGCCAACCUCGACAGCCCCUCACCCGGUCACCACCUCCCGGCCGGCACCCAACCCUCUUUCCAAGACUCUCGGCAAGCCCCAGCAGGCAGCAUGGAACACACCGGUCCCCUCUCGCCCACCCUGCGGACUCUUUGAGACUGUUGCGCCUGUGCCUGCGACAUCGCCCUCCCCCUCGCUCACCAUUCGUCCACACCCCCUCAGCACUCCGCUGCUGACCAAUCACCUGGUGCAGUUGGUCUCUGCAUCCAAUAAGGUAUCGCGGAAGAGGCCUCGCUCAGAGCCUCGACCGCCUAGAACUCGGCGUUUCCCGGGCCCGGCGGGGCUCCUCCCACAGCAGCCACACAGUCACAGUCUGGAUGAGAUUGUGGUGUCUGUUCCCCAGACUCCCGCCCACGGUGUGGUGGCUCGUCUUCCAAACCAGGUUUCCAGCUCUCAGGCUGAGGAAGAAGAAUUAGGUGGCCCUUGGGCGGCGAUGAAGGCUGAGAUGGGAUUGGACGAGCGAAACCCGGCGUGCUUCCUGCGCUCCUUCAGCGUGGUCAUGGUGCUUCGCAAGGCAGCUUUGAAGCAGCUGAACAAAAACAAAGUGCCAAACAUGGCCGUGAUGCUCAAGAGUAUCAACCACACACACACUGAUGCGAAGGCCGUGUUCAGAGAUCCUACAGGUGAGAUUCAGGGCACAGUGCAUCGGCGCCUCCUGGAGGAGCGCUUGGGGGAACUCAAAGUUGGCGCUGUGCUGCUGCUCAAACAAGUGGGCGUGUUCUCCCCCUCCCAUCGCAACCACUACCUCAACGUGACGCCCAACAAUCUCCUUAGGAUCUAUUCGCCAGAUGGAGUCUCCCACACGUCGGGGCAGCUCCCACCGUUGCUUUUGGAGCCGACACCGCCGUCACCUGCCGUCAAGCCUGCGUCCUGCAUGCAGCUGGUGUUUGACGAUGACGAUGAUGGUAAUGAUAACAGGACCGAAUGUAAAGAUGGAAGCCUGCAGACUCCAUGCUGGGAUGCGGAUGACCUGGAUGAGUUCUUGGUGGCGCUCCCCGAGGACACCUACAGUCUUUGAGGGAACUGAUGCAUCAACACUGACCCCAAUAUCAUCUUUAUAAUGUUCCCAACAUGUCAAAAUGUGCAUUUUUGUUGUUGAAAGGUAUCCCAAGUGGCUCUCUCUGUUGACGUUAGUAAAGAAAAAUACAUUGCAAAUUUUGUGACAUUGUUUUAUUAUCAUAUGCACAGGAAUAAUAAUAAUAAUUUGCCUUUAAACUUCCACAACGUAUCCUCUGCCACUUGGGCAGAUGGAUGAUGAUGCUUCACAAUCCAUUAAAAUGCAGUCUUCAAUUGUCA